GGCGUCUCCAGCGCUAAAAGCGCAGCUUGUGAUUCCCGCCAAUCGCUCUGGGCUGGAAUAGCUGUACCCGACGGCCUUUCCCACACGUGUAAACCUCGCCUCCCGCCCUCCCAGGGGUGGAGCCCGACCCAGCAGUCCCCAAGCGGCUCCUUAUACGCAGUCGACGACAGCCCGGCUAAUAUGGAGCCGAACAAGAUGGCGCCUCUCAAAACCGCUCCGAGAGACGCGUUGGUGAUGGCACAGAUCCUGAAGGAUAUGGGAAUCACUGAAUAUGAACCAAGGGUUAUAAAUCAAAUGCUGGAAUUCGCUUUCCGAUAUGUUACUACAAUUCUGGAUGAUGCAAAAAUUUAUUCAAGCCAUGCUAAGAAACCUAAUGUCGAUGCAGAUGAUGUGAGAUUGGCAAUCCAAUGUCGAGCUGACCAGUCUUUUACCUCCCCGCCCCCGAGAGACUUUCUACUGGAUAUUGCAAGACUGAAAAAUCAAACCCCUUUGCCACUUAUCAAGCCAUAUUCAGGACCUCGACUGCCACCUGAUAGAUACUGCUUAACAGCUCCCAACUAUAGACUGAAGUCCUUAAUUAAAAAGGGACCUAACCAAGGAAGACUAGUUCCACGAUUAAGUGUUGGUGGGGUUAGUAGCAGACCAAUUACUCCUACUGUAGCAACCCCACAAACGGUCUCUAUCCCAAAUAAAGUUGUAACUCCGGGGACAGCAACAAGCCAAAGAUUUACUAUGCAGAUGCCACCUUCUCAGGCUACACCUAUCAAACCAGUUCCUUCAACAACUCCAGUUCAAAAUGUUCUGAUUAAUCCUUCCAUGAUUGGGCCCAAAAAUAUUCUGAUUACCACCAACAUGGUUUCAUCACAGAACACGGCCAAUGAUUGCAAUCAGCUGAAGAGAAAACAUGAAGAUGAUGAUGACGAUGAUACAAUGUAAAGAAUAUAUUCUAGUUACACUGCAAAAGUGUAGCUGGUUUUGAGCCCAUAUACUUACAAGCCCUCUUAAAUUUUAUCAUAGAAAA